AUGGCGACUAAGAAGGAAAACUUCCCCCGCGUGCGGGCGUGCCUGUUCGACAUGGAUGGCCUGCUUAUCGACUCGGAAGACAAGUAUACUGCCAUCACGAACGAGCUUUUGCAACAAUACGGACGGCCAACUCUCCCAUGGCCGAUCAAGGCUCAAUUGCAAGGCCGGCCGGCGCCAGAGGCCAGCCGGAUAUUCCACGACUGGGCCCAACUUCCCAUCUCUCCUGAAGAAUACGCACAAAAGCAGUCCGCCCUACAAGCCAAGCACUUCCCAAGCUCCAAACCCCUCCCUGGCAUUCCAGAGCUUCUGCAGAACCUAUCCUCGACAGAGAACACGGAUAAGCCCGUAUAUAUCGCCUUGGCAACUUCUUCGCAUAGUAAGAACUUCAAGCUGAAGACAGAUCACCUGACGGAUUUGUUCUCAGUCUUUCCGGACUCGAGACGCGUCCUGGGAGAUGAUCCGCGUAUUGGCAAGGGUAGAGGGAAGCCCCUACCUGAUAUCUACCUGCUGGCCUUGGAGACAAUCAAUCAGGAACUGAGGAAGAAAGGGGAAGAGGACGUCAAACCCGAGGAAUGUCUGGUUUUUGAGGAUGCCGUUCCUGGCGUCGAGGCUGGUCGGCGAGCUGGUAUGAGAGUGGUCUGGUGCCCGCAUCCUGGGCUAUUACAAGAAUACAAAGGGCGCGAAGAGGAGGUCCUGGCCGGUUUGACGGGUGCACAUAAGGAAGAGGAAAAAUCGGAUUCAGAAAAGGAGGCCGAGCAAUUGCAGGCACCGAGGAUGAAAGGCGCUGGACGGCCUGGCGAGGAAGGCGAUGGGUGGGGAGAGCUUCUUCUCACCCUAGAGAAUUUUCCUUACGAGAGAUACGGCAUUACAAUCCCUGACAAGCAAUAG